GUCAGCUGGACUGGUUACUCAUUAACACACACACACACACACAAAACAUCCAUUAUUGAUCAGCACAGGUGAGGUUGUGUCCAUAUCUGCCGCUCCUGGGACGACAAAACAGAUGGCUCUCCACACGGAACAAAGUCGCCAUGGAAACAGAUGUUACGGAGUGCUCAGCGGUUUUGAUUGUCACGGUGAUGGCGAGAGGAACGUGCUGUCCUUGAACCUGCUGUUGGUAGGCAGCAAGCAGAGUGGGAGGAGCUCUGUGGGCAAUGCUCUGAUUGGUGGAGAAGGAUUCCAAACAGGAAACUGCAUUCCUGGCAUUUCCCCAUCAACAGAGUGCCAGCUUCUUAGCAGAAAAUAUCAAAACUUUUUCAGGAGGCAGGGGGCGGAGUCGGACCUCCUGUUGAGAGUGGUAGACACACCCCCACGGUGGCCCCGCCCACAGAAGUUGCUCCAGCUCUGCCCUGAAGGCGUGCACAUUAUUGUCCUGGUUGUGAGAGCAGACCUCAGACACGAGGACACACACAUGAAGGAGUAUGCAGAGUCUCUUUUUGGUCCAGAUUGGCGCCGUCACACGUUACUAGUUCUUACUUUUACUGACCAUCUGAAGAAGGCGGGGUUUCAACUGCAUGACUACCUAACCCAGGAAAGUGAUUGGCUAAGAUCUCUGUCCGAAGAGGUGGAAGGCGGAGUCUUCUUCAUGGACAACAGCUGUGAUUGGCCAUCGAUCAGAGGACGGCCUUUGAGAGAGCAAUUGCUCCGCCUCUCAGCCAGAAACCAUCACAAAGCUCUGACGGUCCAGACAGAGGUUUCACUCUGAUCAUUUAUCUGAAUACUGAGGGAAUCUUUGUUGCCAACUUGUUGUAUGCCUAUUUAAAAUGUUUUUUUCUGGUAUUUGCAAAAUGUGUCAAAGACCUUACUGGUUAAUAUUUGAUUUAAAACAGUUGAUACAUGGAAUCCCAAAAACAUUUCUAUGAAUUUAAAGUAGUUGCUGACUUUCCGAACACUCGAGGAAACAGAUGAUUAUUUUGUAAAGAUUUUAAUUGUUAACAACAGUGAUGAAAAAGAAAUAAUUAUUUUCAGUAACUUUCUUCAUCUAUUGUAAGCUAACAAAAUCAGCCACCAACUAGCUAAGGGUAAGAAGCUUGCAUUUUUACAAUGAUAGUCCUUCGAUGUCCAUUAGGUCUUGGCUUUACCUAUCUAAUGAUGCAGUUGGUGAGGGAGGGGGCCCUGCAUAGACCCUUCCCCUUCACCUCAAACCCGCAGCCUUUAAAGGUGGCCACACCCCUGCUGUCCACCUGCAGGUCGGGCUGGAGAAGCUCCCAAACUCUCUGCUUGGCCUGCAGCUCUUUGUCUGGUUCACCUAAACACAGAGUGGUGGGAGGGGUCAUAAUUAUCUGGACGUUGAUUGCUUAGCAGCCAGUUGACCCUUUGGCUCGGAACAGCUCAAAUAAGUUUAAAAAAUCGAAUCCAUACUUUACAAAUGUUGGAAGCACAUGAUGAACCAGUGUCCUGUGUGUCUUACUUUAUAUACUUUAUAGGACUUGUCCAAAGAUUCACAUGUGUUAAGUGUUGUUUAGAAAGCUACUACAUCAGAAAAUCGUAGAAAGUUGAAAACAAAGGCAACAGAAAUGGAAAAAACCACCAUGCUGUUAUCAAAUGUAAAUAAAGUCUCUUCAACAGACUGGUUUAAGCAAAAUAACCUGACAUUUGAUGGUGUCUAAUGGUGUUUAUGAUUACAUUUAUGAUACAUUCUGUAACCAUGGUUACCUGGGUAGUUUAGGAAGGUGACUCUGUCUCCGGGGUUGGACCCCGCAGGAGGAAUCAGCAGCUCGCUGCAGUCAUUUGAGGAGUAGCAACAGAGGAGGCGGGCCUGGGAGACCACGCCCCUUAGUUGACAGGCCUUGACGUUGCAUAGCAACACUGCUAGACGUCCCUGAAGCUGCAUAGAGAGAGAGAUAUGUACUUCUGUAAUAAUUCACAUUAUUAAGACAGAGCUUUAAAUAAAGUCACAGACAUCAGGGAAGACAGAAGGACGGAAGAAAUCCAUUUAUAGAACGAACGUAAAGAAAAAGGAAAGGAAAAGGAAUGAAAAGGAAAUUUAUAAAAGGGAGUAAAUUACAAAAAGGAAUUUAAAAACUAUAGAAACAGUUUUAAAUUAAGAAAAAAUGUCUUUUUACUUUGUAAGAAUAAUUAAAUAAAGGAAUAUUUCUGUGAUUAA